AUGUCAAACGCGCGAGUGGAUAAUUCGUUUUUGGGGAAAAUCCAGAAAUGGGGGAACCUCCUGGGGGUGGUUUCGAACGACAUCGAUGGAAAAUUCGAGUGGGCGCGGAAAAUCUACAGCGUUUUACUGGGAAUAUCGUUGAGUUUAUUGGGAUUUUCCGGGCGUUGGAGGACGAAUUGGUUCGAUUUUUUAGUGUACGAUUUAUCGAGGAUUUUCUUCGCGCUUUUCGCCGUUUCCUUGGUAAUCCUGCCGCUGUUUUUCCGGGAAAAACUGCGAUUGUUCGCGAGUACUUUGCGCGAAAUGGAAAAUAUAUCUGAUGGAAACUGCGGAGGGAAUUGGGUGGUGUUUUUCGCGAUUUGCGGCUGUUAUGUAUCCUCUUAUUUGCUGGUUUUCGCUCGAUUAUCGAUCGAAAUUGAUGUAAAUUUACCGAUAGUGGUUUUGAAAAUCCUAUUCGCUAUGUAUUUGUGCACUUUCGCCGCCAUUUUUUGGUCUAUAGCUGUAAUCUACUUCGCGAUAAUUCUCCAAUCGCACUUAACAUUAUCGGUUAGAGUCAAUGUGAACGAUAAAUACUUGAAUCCUGAUGAAGAUGAUGAUGAUGAUAUAAGAAAACGACCUCAUUCAGGUUGCAAUCCACACAGAAGUGAUCCUGCAGGUCGCACUUUUUUCGAUUUAUUUUUCCUCAAUAACGAGUACAAUAUUAAUUACGGGGGCGGUGGUUGUGGUGGAGGCGGCGGAGGUGGAUAUUAUCCCACCAAUCAGUACCACAAACCACCAUUCGGCGGGCACAAUAAACCUGUUUAUAAUAAACCCCAUCACCACAAACCCGGUGGAGCUCAUCACAAACCACCAGGUUUUGGUGGUUUAUUUGGUGGUCAAAAUACUCCGUUCCAGUUCCAAUCCAACCAAAACCAACCCAGGCAAAAUGCGCCGAUAGUACCGCCUCCGGUACUCGCCAAUCCGGGCUAUCCGAGCGAAGAAAUUAAACCGGUACACGAAGAUUACGAUUACGAUCCCAUUACGGAUCCGUACAAAUUGAGGUCGAAAGGCGCGAGAAUCCCUUAUGAGCGAAGGAAUGUCGCUAAAAAGAACUCCGAAGAUCAGAAGAAUAAUGUUAGAUUCACAUAA